AUGGAUCCAACUCUUCGGACACAAAUCCAGGAAUGCAAUUGGCAGGUUGUGAAUGUAACCACUCCGGCAAAUUAUUUCCACGUACUGAGACGUCAAAUACACAGGGAAUUUCGAAAGCCUCUCAUUGUGAUGUCUCCAAAGAAUUUGCUUCGCCACAAGGAUUGCAAAUCCAAUCUUUCUGAAUUUGAUAGUGUCCAAGGCCAUCCAGGUUUUGACAAACAAGGGACCGGAUUUAAGCGCCUAAUAAGGACCAGAAUGACCACUCAGAUCUCGAGAAGGGUUUACUAUGAGCUUGAUGAAGAGUGGAAGAAAGUUAAUGGCAAGGAUAUUGCAAUAUGUAGGGUGGAGCAGUUUUGUCCAUUCCCAUAUGAUCUUAUCCAGCGCGAACUGAAGCGUUAUCCAAAUGCAGAGAUUGUUUGGUGCCAGGAAGAGCCGAUGAAUAUGGGUGCAUACAAUUGCAUCGCACUCCACCUUAGCACUGCCAUGAAAGCCCCGGGCAGAGGUAGCAUGGAUGACAUCAAAUACGCAGGCCAUGCUCCAUCUGCUGCAACAGCCACUGGUUUCUAUCAGGUUCAUGGGAAAGAGCAGAGUGAACUCAUUAGAAAGCUCUUCAGCCUGAACCAAUUAAUCAAUCCUAAUUGA